AUGGCCAGCCCGAGAACACGGCGAGUUUUGAAAGAAAUAAAGCCGAAAGACGGCAACAGUGUAAGUAAAACAAGGAAAUAACAUGUAAAUAAAGAAAUCCUUGUUAUAUUUUUUGGGAAAAUGUGACAAUUCCUUGGUUUCUUGUUCUUUCAGAGUUGUUUCGAAUGCGGGGCUCAUAACCCGCAGUGGGUUAGUGUGACCUAUGGAAUAUGGAUUUGUCUCGAGUGUUCCGGGAAACAUCGUGGUUUAGGCGUUCAUAUAAGGUAAGAUGUAGGAUUGAUCAAUAUUCUAGUAUUAUGCCAAUCUAUAAGCGCUAUUUUCAUUCCCUGUAAUGAAAGGUAAAAUGAUUUUUUUGCGAUAAGCCGGUAUUAACAGCUUUAACCUUACAUGCAAUCACUCUAUUUAUACUUAUUUGCUGACGGUAGUGAUUGAGCAAGAAUUUGGUUAUUUCGUCGAAAGGUCUGAAUUGCUCAUAAUUUUUUGAUCAUUGAUGAGCAGAAACAUUUUGUCCCUUACUUCUAAAUAAUACCUACAAAAUACCAAAGAAUGCCUGGUAUGAAUUAAAGUUUAAAUGAGCUAACAUUUCAAGAAGUUAAGCUUUCAUGUAUUCCUACAGACCAUCUAAUUUUAUUUUAUGACUGUUUCAACAAGUGGCCAAGAUGAAGUGCAUUCUGUGUUCUGAUUGGCUACUCGUGCAGACAAGAUGAACCUUACAAUUUCCCACUAUCCCCACAAAAGAAAACUUUUUUUGGCCAUUUAUCCUAAUGAAUCUAUAGAUAUUGACCUACCCUGUAGGGAAAGUCUACUUUUUUUAUUCAUGAUUAUCUUUUACUUUCUACUGUUUUCAAUGUUUUUUAUAGGGGUGGCGAAUGGUAAAAUCCGGGACUCGCCGAGACGCCGAGAUCCUAGUUAGACUAUCCGAGGCCGAGACUCUUUGGUAAAAAGUUUUGAGACUAAAAAAAAGUAAAAGCAAACCAUGCAAAAGCGAGACUUCGAGACUUAUCAAAAAUGCUCCGAGAUUUCGAGAUCCGGCCAAAAUUUUCCUAGACCCACGUUUUUUGAGGUACCAUUCGCCACCCCUUUUUAUGCUUAUUGGCUUAUGGCCAGUACGCAUGUUAAGUCUUUAAGUCUGACUGUAUUGCUCUUGGCAUUUAUAAUGAGUAAAGCAAAGGUGUGGGAAGAUAAUAACCCGUAGAUCUCACAAAAUAAAUUUGUAAGAAGUUAGUAAGUUACAUUGUGUUUGAGAUCCUCCUUUGAUAACCGGUGGUGCUUUUUUCUUCAAGGACAUUGCAUAACCUUGUUUGUGUUUUUGUGUGUAAAAAAGUUGUAUUGAAAAAGCUCAUGAGAUGUCAAGAUUGAACACCAAGAAGUAACGACAGUUUUAAUUGUGAAAUUUUCAAGAAAAUUAGAUACCGGUAACAAUUAUUCACCAAAGUGAAGGUGGCUAGUAGUGGGUAUUUACCGAGGCCAUGAAGCAGCAAGGUAAAUAUCCACUACUAGCCACCGACACUGAGGUGAAUAAUUAUUGUUUUAGUAUAAUACUAAAACAGUGAGAUAAUUGAGCACAAAAAUGUGAUUUUUAACUCAUUUACUUUUCAUUUUAUUUUAUUUAUUUGUGGGGAGGUUUAUUCAAAAGGAGUUGUGAAUUCUUUUUGCAUUUAAAAUCAUUCUGUAAAAAAGAUUAUUAAAUUUAGUUUUAAGCUUAUUUAUGAACAAGUCAACUAAAUAAAGUAACGCAAGACUUAAGCUUAAUUUGCAUUUGUAAACAAAAAACUUUUUCACCGGUUUUAUUGAUAAAUUCAAGUCAAAAAAGCAAAGCUUUACCUGUUAAAACUUCCAAACCGAACUUCGUCACCUUCUUCAUGUAUUUCGGGAAUAGCUUGCUUGAUUAGUUGUGAAAUUUCCUAGUUUGUUAUGGCAGCAAACCGGGAAGGCAUUUUUCUCCCAACUUACGUGAGUUUGGCGUCGCUCGCUCGGAGGAGCUGGAGGUGAAUCAGUGAAUAGUGCAGGAUAUUUGCUGAUUGAGUAACCAAUCAGAGCGUGCGAAAAACACUAUCCACCGUUUUAGUAUAUACUAAUGUGCAUUAUCCUGUUGUCUAUAAAGUGUGCAUGCACGAUACUGAUUAUUAUUGUUGUCGCAAAAGAACUAACUUACAAACAAAAUACUGAGUAUUCAUUGCCAGUGAGCAGAAAGCACACACCCUCCAAGGCGACUAUUUUUGGUGAUUUGUUCUGAUUACAAGAAGCAGCCUCUAAUGACAACUGUCCAUUCCCAUUCAGGAUUGUGCACUUUUAGCAACAAAUAAAAUAUAAGACUGGUUUCUUAUCAGCUCUAGACUCACCUAGCUUACAAGAAUAGAAACAAGUUAUGUCAAGUAAAUUGGGUGAAAUAUUCUUAUUGCAGUUUUGUCAGAUCUGUAACAAUGGACAAAUGGAAGGACAUUGAGCUAGAGAAAAUGAAGGUACGAAAAAGUUGUUUAUGGUUAAACAAAUAAAAUCAUUGUCACAAAGUAAUCUCAGUGAUGGUAUCAGGGAUGUCACUUAAGGCCAGGGGCCAGGAAUUUUUCCUGGAUACCAUGAGCAUGAUUCCGAGAAAAUAGACCCCCAAUAUACCUUAGGCCCUGUUUGAAAAAUAAAAAGUUAUUUUCUGUCAACGAUGAUAAUAUUUUCCCUGUUUUUGUCAUGAAUUUAAUGUGUUUUCCAUAGCAGAGAACUUCAAGAUUAUUUCAAAUUUUGGACCAUUACAAAGAAUGUCAUGCAUGACAAAACAUGUCAGCAAAGCUGGGAAAGUUGACCCGGGAGGUAGGGUAACCCUACCUGUGAAAUUUGCUCGUAAACCAGAGCUAACUUUAACCUGAUUGCUGGGGUAACCCUAGCACAAGGGUAAUCCUCUCUCCUUGUAAACAAGCCCUUACAGGUGUUCAGUUGCCCAGCAAGGAGAAAUCUUAGUGACAGCCCUGAGAAUUAUGGGACGGAGGGAAAACUCUGUUUGGUAUGAUGGGAUUGAAGAAGGCUAUAGAGAGUUUUCACAUGACAUCACAGCUGCCCUAUUGGUGUUCUAAAACAAUGAAAUGGUGGCCAUGUUGAUGUUUCAAUAAAUCCUGUGGGAAUUGGACUCUUUUCUUAUCUAAAUGCUUUCUUUUGUUUCAAUGAAUAUGCAUACUGUAGAUGCUGUCUUUGUUAGUGAAAAACGCUUUGUUGGGGCCCUCUUGAGAAUGAUGCUGCAAGGAAAUUGAUCAGUAGUUGUAUUCUACUGUAAAUUUUGUCAUUGGUGGAAAUUCAAUUUUUCCAUCAUUUUAAAAUUACUGCACAUUUCUCUGUGAGUCUAAAAUGUUGUCUUCUUGCCCAAACAUUUAUACUAAUCAUUAUUUCUGGUUGAAAAAUGCUGAAAAUAAAAAUAAAUAAAACAAGAAGGUAAUAACAAUAAAAAAGCAUUUAAAUUAUAGAAGUCAAGUAUUUUAAAGAGUAAAGUUUGUCUCAAUUCAUUUAACUCUGCUUGUUUCAUUAAAAUAUGUCGUUCUAAAGUAACAAACUUUUUUCCACACUUGAAUGUUGGUUUCCAGGGACAAUGGUGUGCAGAUAUAAUAUUAUAUAUGCACACCAUUGUCCCGCCUUUUCUCUCUUAGUAUAUCCAAUUUAGUCAAUCACAUCCCUUCCCUGGAAACCAACAUUCGAGUGUGGAAAAAAGUUUGUUACUUUAGUUUGCUAUAAUCAUCAUAGCAAACUGCAGGACGUGACUGUUGAAGUGACCAUGCAGUUGACUGAAUUCAAGUGCCAGAGCUGGGUUGCAUAAGACAUCCUAAGAUUUUCGUGACUCAUAACUAUUGUUUCAACUCAAUAAGUUGUUGUUCCAGAACAACAGCUCAGAGUCUUCUUAUGUUAAAAAUGUCUUGUUCAUUUUCAACUUCAUUUCUUACACAGUAGAUUUGUUCUUAUUCAAUCCUGAAAAAAUUAUGCACAUCUUCUCCCAUGGCUGGUACAUGUAUUUAAGCGAAAGAUCUCAUCUGCCUCUAAUUUAAAUUACUUCUUUGAAAGGUUGGUGGAAAUAACAAGGCCAAAGCAUUUUUCAAGUCCCAGCCAGAUUUCCGAGCAGACAUGAGCAUAAAUGAAAAGUAUAACAGCAAAGCUGCAGCACUAUACAGGGAUAAGGUAAGAUUUCUCAACCAAAGAUGAAAUUUUAAUGAUUUAUAGUGUUAUUAAUGUAGCAUUCUGUGAAAUUAACCAAAAAGUAUUAGUGUAGUUCCACAGUUUUAUUCUUUUACCUGUAACUCACUACUCAGAUAAGGCCAUCUGAUAUUACAGGAUGGUGCGAUUUCGCACAAUAAAUCGCAUCCGAUCGCACAAUUUGAGGAAAAUCGCAUAAUUCGUAAAAGAAUACUAAAUUCAAGUAAAGUAAAAAAUGAAUUCAAACAUUAAUUAAAUAUUUUCCCAAUCUUAAUGUUAUUUAAGGUGAUUUACCACAAAAGGAAGCCUUGCAAGGCAUCUGAAACCUUUGAUCGCGGUAUCUGGGCAGCCAUUUGAUUUCAGAGACAAGCAGUGUGGUCAGCGGUGUAACGGAGUCAUGUAAUAUUAAGCAAGCGUCCCUUUUCUUUUCCGGGUCAAAAUAAUCGGACAUAUUUAACUAUUUUGUUUUAAAAUAGAUGUUUUAUUAUUCCUUUACAUUCAAAUUGCCUGUUAAACAACAUUAAAGUGGUUUUUCUCCUUUGAAACCUGGUAAAACAAUGUAAAUUAGCCCUGAAAAAAUCGCAUAAUUUAUUGCAUAAAAGUCCUAUCUUAUCGCACAAUCUACCCUUAAAAUAUUGCACAAUUUCUGAUUUUUUAUCGCACCCUAUCAGAUGGCCUGCAGUCAAAAUCUGUUUAGGACAAACCAUUAAUACAAAAUCAAAUACAAAAUGGGUAAUCAAGAGGAAAGGUUAUCAGAAUCACUAAAAUGAUGACUAAAGAGAAAGCUUUGAUCUUUUAUCAAAUUCCUCCAACUUACUUUUUAAGGAAAUGUACAAUUUAUGGAGGUCAGUCUGAACAAUUAUUUGUAUUUGGAUAUUAGGGCUUCAUGGGUUAAAUCCUACCUUUUUAUUGCAGAUUUUAACAGAAGCUGAAGGGAGAACAUGGUCAGAAGAGACAUCUCCAGCGAGGAACUAUGAACCACCGUUAGCUAGAAGCUCAAGCAGUGCUUCUGUUGGGCGCAUGUCAAAUGGUUCACGCCCCAUGAGUUCCAUGUCCUCUAGCAGCUCAUCACCAGAGCUUAUGUUAGGGAUGUCUAAGUAUGAAUGACAGAGUUUGUUCUCCUCAUUGACAUUAGUGUCACCAUAAAAAUAAUAAACAAGGAAAAUACUUUGCAGAACAAAGAGAAGAUAGGCAUUGCAACAAAUUACAUGUACACACAAAUUUGUGAGGGGCAGGGAAAAAAUCAAUCUUACUAUUCUAAAGAAGACAUUUUUAACCAUUCAACCAGCCGUAUAUAAUUUUUCCAUUUAUGAUUGUCAACCAGUUCCAGUUUGAUCCUCCAAUCGGUUUUCUUGUUACUACAGAGUUGCAUUGACGCAUACAUGGUCAGUCAUUGCAGCAAAACCAACCUUAUAUUGUGCUCACCUCAUUGCUUGUUCAGUAGAAGUCAUCUUGGAGGAGCCUGAAUUCUCAUAUUACAAUACCCAAAUAUGUGCUAUGGCAAUGAUUUAAUUAAUGCACCCUGUACCCAACUAUGUGCUAUGGCACUGAUUUAUUUAAAUUCCAAGGUUGACUACAGUCUAGCUUCUACUGUGGAUUAUAAAUUAAGGUUUAUUAUAUCAUGAUUUUAAUGAAAUAAUAAGUACUCCAGUUGAUUUUCAGCUACAGGAUAGAUAUUUUUGUUUUUCAAUUUAAGGUUUCAGCCAUAACAUUAAUUACCUACUAUCAUGGUGUUUAUUUUGUAGGCAAGAGUUCAAUGCUCAAAAAGAAGAUUUCUUUAACAGAAGACAGAUGGAAAAUGCUGCAAGACCUGAGUAAGUUCACAGCAGCCUUAAUCAUUUAAGAUUUUAGCAGGCUUGUAACAUUUUGCAGGGCCCCACUGGAAAUCUUAAAAUACUCUAAAAAAAACCCCAGUAAACUAAGGCUCGAUGUAAUAAAAUGCUAAAAAAAAACAGAAUCCAAACUUGACCUAAAAGAGGUAAACUUUUGAAAUUUUAUUAUUAUUAUUAUUAUUAUUAACGACACUUGUUUGCUCACAGAUGGAUCCUGUGUACACAAGCAAAAAUAAAAUAAUAUUCCUAAAUUUGUUUACUUUUUAUAGCAAUCUUCCUCCAAGCCAGGGUGGGAGGUACACAGGUUUUGGCUCAGCACCAGUUGCCACAACAAACAACUCAGGUAUGAAAUGCUGAAUUUUGGCAACUUCUCCAAGCUGGACACUAAAAGUUUUACAGAUGAGACAAUUCAAGUUUUGAGCAAAUGAUAUAAUCUAAUUUUGUUCGCCUGGGGAGCGAAUUUGCUCUGCAUUUUAUUUUUCUGUGAGAAAAAAAAACAUUGGGCCUUAAGUGGACUGUCAAUAGAAGAUUUUUAAAAAGGAACACUUAUCCCCAUUACGCCUGAAAAAGUCAUCGGUGUUUUUGCAACAAAGGUAAAUAGAACUGUCACAUUGAGGCGACAAGAGUUCCUGACAGACCACACGACCGGGGAAAAUUAGAAUAAAAGCUUUCAAUAGGUAAUAUUAUUUGCUCAGGUUCCUGCUAGCUUCACAAGUCAAAAAGGCGUAAAUAAAAAUGCAAUCUCAAGCGAAGGAUGCAUCAAAGAGGUUAGUUCAUUUCAUUUUCCUAAUGGUGUACUAAUUAAUUGCAAUCUUUCAACAGGUUGGGAUGCAGCAUUUUCAUCUUUAUCAUCUGUAAGUCAUGAUUAAAGUUCCAGCCUCAAGCAGAUCGUUUGAUAAAAAUUAAUGUCUCAAAUAUUUCAGAUAUGUUGAUCAUAUUAUAGUUAAUCACAUAGUUGAAGGUGAAUUUAUCCUGGACAUCAAGCCCAAAACUAUUAUUACCUUUGCUGCUUCCAUUGCCAUCCGACACUCGAAGACAAAUUUUUUAUGUCCACGUGGCCUUGUAAUAAACUUUACACUUGACAGUUGACAGUGUAAGUACAAAAAGCUUACAUGUAAAUACUGUUGAGAACUUGUUAAAGGCUUACUCAUUCAUUCAUUGAUUCAUUCAUUCAUCCAUUUAUUUUACCAUUAGCCACAUAAAUACAUCUACAUUACACAAUAAAUUUACAUAUAAUUAUAUUAAAGAUGUUAGACACUACUCUAAAUAAUUCAUGUUAAAAUUGUUCAAAAUGGUAAUUAAGCAACUAAGCCUGUAUAGAAGCCGAAGGCUUAUUUUGAAAAGAAUUUGCAAUUUUGGAAGCAAGCACCUGACAGCAGGCAUUUUUAGCAUGCUUUGACCACAAUAAUGGACAUCUUGAGAUCAGUAACACUUACUCAUGCAUAACAGUAAGAAAGACCGAAAAGAAAGCAAAUAAGAAAUUCCUUCUCUGUAAGUGAUAUUUUUGGCUAAAAUGCACUCAUAUAAUUCCAUCGUUUACUUUACAAGUCAGUGGCAUUAAAUAAAGGUGCCCAGUAACAAAAUUAACAAUAAGGCAACGACUCCCAAUCCAUUUUAUUUUUCAAAACAAACGCAAGGUCAGACCGAAGGAUAAGCAGAUUGAUUAAAGGUGCUCAAGUGAAAUUUGAGGAUUUUUUACUCGCAUUGUCGGUGGUCAGAAGAAGCCAUUUUAUUUUUGCCAGUUUAUUAAUCUAAGCUCUACUUGUUACUCUCAUAAUAUUUAUAUUUAACAAAUCCUCCCAAACUACUCUGUUGUUGUUUAUAGGGCUGGAGUUCAUUUGCCUCAAGUGCUGCUCAAUUUGCAUCAGUAGCCUCACAACAAGUAAGGUUUAACUCUUUCACAGGUUACAAAAAGAUUGAAACUGAAAAAAAGAAAGCUUUGAAGCAGCUCUACAAAAAGUUAUAGUUAUUUACUGCAAUAGUUUCCACAAUGCAGUACUUCAGUGAACAGCUGGUAUAACUGUGCGUGUAUAGUACCCAUCUGUUAAUUGUUUCUUGUUUAGCAAUUAUGUGAUAGUUAACUUGAAAUCAUUGCUUUGUAGGCUGUCAAGCUUGGAUCAACAGUCAAUGAAUCAGUCAUCAGACCAACUGCAAAUAAGGUAUGUACAAUAUAGCACAAACUGUUUCUCAAGAUAACAGAUUUGUUCAAUACUGUAGUAAAUUCAAUGUUGAUUAUAAAACCUUAUUUAAUUUAUCAGGCAGUUGAACUGGGAACGACCAUGAAUGAAGGGGUAAAGAAGGUCUCAAAUAGGGUAUGUUUUUGUUUUUCUGAUUUUGAUGAUACUUGCAUGUACUCCAAUUUAAUUUUAAAGUGAUAGGAGUCAUCAUAAUGGUCUAAAAAAAUUGGAGUUGUUUUGCUUGUUCGGCCCAGCUCAUUGAAUAGCCCUGUGAGAAAAAAAGUUUUUUCCUCUUUCGGUUUCACAGGGAUUUUAAACAGCUGGUAUCAUGACUAACUGUAUUUUUUAUGUUAAGGUCCAGGAGGGCAAACUUCUUGAUGACAUGACGACAUCAAUGUCCAACUUGUCAAGCAAGGUAUAUGUUGUCAAAAGUUGACAUUUAUGGUUUAGCAGGGAACAUCCUUAAUUUUUAUCACUGUUAUGACUGUCAACCUGUUCCAGCUAUCCUGAAUUGUUCUAGAUAGAAAGAAUUCUAAAAACACUUUUGUGAUAGGUCAAAGAUGCAAGUACCAAAGGCUGGACAAAUCUUCAAAGUGCUAGUAUGAAAGGAUGGGCAAAUAUUCAAACCCUUGUCAAUCAAGGAGGGGAUCAUGGAUCAAAGUCUCUGACAAGUAGCGCUAGCUCAGGGGGUGGAUAUGGAUCUGUAAGUGGGACUUCAGCAUUUAACAAUGCUGCUUCAAAUAAUACAGACAACUGGGACUGGGAUAACUAUGCGGAAUUAAAUGGAGAAGAAGAUGAUGAAGGUAUCAAUAUUACAGCCAAAACAAAAGAUGAUGAUCAGGAGGACAAUGGUGAAAUGGAGUCUUGGGCAUGGGGCAGUGACUCUGAAAGCCCAAAACAUAAGUCUCAACCCACAACCAAGCAUAAUGUAUCACGCAGCUCAAAGCAAAUAUCCAAGACAACAAGUAGUGGUGACACAAAGCCUGAGGCAGUUACAAGGCAAAGUAGUGAUGGAUGGGGAGAUUUAAUAAGCUGGGACAAUGAUGACUGGGGUGAAUCUAGUGGGUGGAGUAACGAGGACUGGAAGAGUAAUGGUGCAAACUCAAAAAUGGCAACAGUUGGAGGAAAAGGGGAAAAGAAGGCUGAUUGA